GUGAACGUUGGGAGCUAAAGCGGCGCCCGGUCUCUGCUGUUUACGCCGCUAUUAUGACCAUGUCCGUUUCUGAAAUGACAGCGGGUUACGGUUUAACUAGCGAACAGUCUUCAUUUGGAAGGAACAACUUGAACUGCGCUUCCUCCAUGGCGCCCCCUGGCCUAUGAAGAUGUGAAUCAUUACCACGACACGACGGCCACUUCAGACGCUGCCUACUAGUGAAGAUGUCAGGUGGGAACCUCUUGAGCAAAGUGCGCUCAGCCUUCAGAAGGGAGCGAAGUGACUGGGACCUGAGCGACACGGCUCCCUUCGACUUCUCCGACGAGCUAGUGGAAGAUGAGACCCCCAAAUUCAACAAGCUGAAGGUGGUGGUCUCCGGGGAGAUGACGGACUAUGCAGCCGGGGCUCCGUCCAACGGAGUGACGGUGAGCACAUUAGUGGCGGACGAUGACGACUCCCUGCUGGAUUCGUCCUCCAACUCGGGCUGUCCGGGCUUGAACAUGGACCCUUGUGACAACUGCACCAAGAAGAGGGAGAGGAUCAAACACAGGAGAGUGAUGAAGAGGCUGGUCAUCGCAGCUCUGCUCUAUUUUUUGUUCAUGACUGGAGAAAUUAUAGGCGGAUAUGUGUCAAACAGUUUAGCCAUAAUGACUGAUGCAGUGCACAUGCUAGCAGAUGUUGUGGGGAUCUUAUUCUCUCUUCUGGCCCUCUGGCUCUCCACUAAACCGCCCACCAAAAGAUUCACAUUCGGUCUGCAUCGACUUGAGGUGGUGUCAGCCGUGCUCAGUGUGGUGCUUAUCUACAUCCUGACUGGUGUUUUACUUUAUGAGGCGGUUCAGAGGACUGUUCACCAAGACUUCAGCAUAGAUGGGGAUGUCAUGCUCAUCACUGCUGCUGUGGGAGUGGCUGUUAAUCUCAUAAUGGGCUUUUUGUUAAACCAAGGCGGCCACCUACACUCGCACAGCCACGGUCACGGCCACUCGCACAGUUCUGCAGCUGCUGCAGGUUCACGGCCGGCUGGGUCUGGUCAGCCUCAUGGGAGCCUGGCUGUGAGGGCUGCCUUCAUCCACGCUUUGGGAGACCUCCUGCAGAGCGUCGGGGUUCUUAUUGCUGCCUAUGUUGUCCGGUUCAAGCCAGAGUUUAAGUUGGCAGACCCCAUCUGUACCUACAUCUUCUCAGUCCUGGUUCUUUUCACCACAAUCCGCAUCAUUCGAGACACAAUAGUCAUUGUGCUGGAAGGUGUGCCCAGACACCUUGACACUCAGCGAAUCAGAGAAGACCUCUUGAAGCUGGAGGAUGUCCAAUCCAUCGAUGAGCUGAACGUGUGGGCACUGACGGCUGACAAGACGGCUGCUAUAGUUCAUCUACAGCUCACACCUUCUAGUGGUCACAGUUGGGAGGACGUUCAGGCGAAGGCCCGCCACCUCCUGCUUCACACCUACGGUCUCAGCAGGUGCACAGUGCAGGUCCAGACACACAGAGAGAGGAUGGUACGCAGCUGCGCCAACUGCCUGCAGCCAAGCGCCUGAGGGGAGAUGUGCGCUCACACGAACGUCAGCAGUUCGUCCCGUGGAGACAGGAAAGCAGAGAACACAAUGCACAGGAGAACCUACAGGCCAAGACGCCGUUUUUUUUGUAAUGGAAAUAACCACAGCAAACUGAUGUAUGUGGAAUAAAGAUUGAACCAUGCAACAGAAGAACAGAUAUAACCGGGGAGUGAGCACAGCCUGCAGGGACUUUAUGCCCUCAUUAUGCUUGAAAAACCCUCGGUGUGUACGUUGAAUGCUUAUUCUGAUUAAAAUCAGACAAUAAUUUUGUCCUUAAUUCACCAUUAACGCCUAUUAAACUUUUUUUUUUAUUAUUAAUAUCAGAAAAUGUUGAAAUGUACAUUUUACUUUGUGUGUAAUAUGUUUUUUCUUAUGUACAAAAGAUUCCUCAUGGGAUUUAUUAUCUGGUCGUUGUCACUGUGAGCUAAUGUUUCUAUGGAUGCUUGUAGUGACUAAUCAUGAGCACAAGGGGGUGUUGCACUUCAUCAAGCACCAUUUCUGUUCGUCAACCAAAGUCUGCCACCAUGCGAGAUUGUACGUGUGUGUGUGGAGGGAGGAGUCAGAAAAAGCUGGUUCAGAUGUUCCUUAAAUUAGUUCAAAGGUUCUGUUUUUACUUUCAUUCUAACAUGACCAUAACUCUGACAAAUGGGUAACUGACGGUUACUGACAAUCAAUCUUACUGAUUUAAAGUGUUUGGAAUGCGAUGUAUUCUAAUUUUUCAUUUCAGAGUUUUUGCAUUUAAUUUGAAACAGGUUGAAACUUGUCAAACUCAGUGUUAAGAACAGAAUUUGUGUUGUCAUAAGCAAGUACUAAAUGUUAGAGAUCAGAACACCCUUAUUUAGCAGAUAUGUAUUACCAAAACAAAUUUAUUUUUGCAAAUUAAAAUUGCUUGGACUUGAAA